UUACAUUCUUUGUCGCUUCGUUUUCUAUCGGCCUUGGCCCUAUUCCAUUUUCAAUUAUCCCGGAAUUGGCAUUAACACAUAGUAUCAGCGCAACCGCAUCUGCUGCAAUGGGUCUAAACUGGUUUUGUAACUUUGUGGUGGCUUUCGCAUUCCCGGUGUUCGCAGAAACAUUGAAAAGUUGGACUUUUCUUGUUUUUGCAAUAAUUACAGGUGUUGGCUUUGCAUUGACAUUUAUCUUUGUGCCAGAG